AUGGCCAGUUCUAGCAAGGAAGUUAAUUUAUGUGGUAAGAGAAAUCCGGAAGAUGAUGAUUUGGAGACCAAACCGUUUCUCAAGAAACAUAAGGACGAGGAGAAGAAAGAGGAGACACCGGAAGGACUUGCUGAUAGCCUCCAGCACAAGUCUGAUCAAGCUAAUUUAAUCUCUCUCAAGGAGGAGGAAAGUACUGUGGAAGGACGUGAUGACACUCCCGAUUUUGUUGAGGCACUGGAAAAGAAGGAUGGAGAAUGUUUGCUCGAUCGCAAGAUUUAUCUUAAAGUGCCUAAGCUAAGCUCUUCAUUGACUCUUCCUACGUACCAAGACUUCCUUCCACGACAAGAAGAUGAGACACCUCCCGCCGAUUUUGCUGAGGAAGUUCUCUUUGUUGCCAAUCUCUCCCCCCAAACUAAGAUAUUAGAUAUCUUCGGUUUCUGUCAAGAUGUUGGAGAAGUUGUUAGUGUUCGACUUAUUGCAAACCAUGAGGACAAGCCUGUGGGCUGUGCCUUUGUUGAGUUUCUUUCUGCCAACGAAGCAAAGAAGGUGCUGGAAAACAAGAAUGGUGAAUAUUUUCAUGGUCAUAAGAUCAUUUUGAUGAGAGGACAUGGUGAAACUCCCGAUUUCGCUGAGCAUCGACUAAUUGUUAACCACACUGGCAAGCAUGUGGGCAAGGGAUUUGUUGAGUUUGCUUCUGCUAAGGAAGCAGAGAAUGCGCUGGAAAAGAAGAAGGGUGAAUAUUUGCAGGAUGGCGAGAUUUUUCUUAAGGCGGCUAACAUAGCUCCAUUCCCUCCACCCAAGUACGAAGACUACCUUGGACAAGAAAGAGAUGAGGCAGCAGUGGAAGGACUUGCUGAAACUCCCUAUUUUGUUGAGGAAGCAAGAAAAAAGACGCUUUUUGUUACCAAUCUCCCUCCUAGAACUAGUAUACAAAGGAUGUUGUAUUUCUUCCAAGACUUUGAAGUUGUUCGUGUUCGACUUAUUGUUGACCAAUCGGGUAAGCAUAUGGGCUGUGGCUAUUUUGAGUUUGCUUCUGCUAAUGAAGCAGAGAAGGCGCUGGAACAGAGGAAUGGUAAAAGUUUGCGCUAUCACAAAAUCUUUCUUGAGCUGGCUGAGAUAGCUCCAUACCCUCUCCAACACAUGUACAAGCUUGCAGAGAAGCUUUGGUACGAAGACAACCUUCUACGAGAAUCGAAUCUGAAGCAACAGAAGGCAAAAUCCAACGGAUUCUGCGGUAAGAAGAUUACCUUCUCUUACGGGGACGACUGCUAG